CCUUGGGGCUGUCUCUGGGUGCCGUUCGCAAAGGUGGCUGAGCGCCAGGAGGCGCGGGGAGCGGGAGCCCUGCAGGAACGGGUGUGCCUCCCCCGCCCAGUCCGCGCGGGCGCCCGGCCCGGGCACCUAGAAUCCACGUGAUUUCCCGGCAGCAGCUCUCAGGCUCUCAGCACCAGCCGCCUGGGUGCUCUCGGCGCCUACUUUCAGUUUCGUGAGCAGCGCGGCGAAGCUGGGAGCGCAACCGAGGCCUGUCCUAUGGAAACAACCUGCAAAUCCGGCUCGGGGACUCGGCCCAGGCGCCCAUGAGACCCUCUCCGCGGAUGUCCUAGAACAUCUAUGAUGAACCAGGGAGCCAGACCCAGACUAAAGGAGCAGCCGAGAUCUGGAAUACUGCUGGACUCUGAGGUAGAGGAAAAGAGAGAACAAGGGCUGGCUCCUCAUGGACCCCAUUAGCCUCCAGCUGGGCACCAAGAACCUGUGGGGAUGGCUCGUGAGACAGCUCAGCAAAGACCCAGAAUGGCUGAGUGCCAAGGUGAAGUUCUUCCUCCCCAACAUGGACCUGGGCUCCAGGAACGAGGACCCAGAGCCCACAGAGAGGGUCAUCCUACAACUCAGCAAACUGCGCACCCAGGGCCAGGCCACCUGGCAGGCAUUCAUCCACUGUGUGUGCAUGGAGCUGGACGUGCCGCUGGAUCUGGAGGUGCCAUUGUUGAGCACUUGGGGCCACGGAGACGGGUUCCUCCAGCUGGAAGCUGGUGAGGAAAGCCAACCUGACCCUCAGCUCCAACCUGGCCUCAAGCGGCCUCAUCAGAGCUGUGGGUCCUCACCUCGCCCAAAGCAGUGCAAGAAGCAGCAGCAAGAGUUGGCCAAGAAGUACUUGCAGCUGCUGAGGACUUCCACCCAGCAGCGCUAUGGCAGCAAGACUCCGGGGCCAGGGCAGCCACUUGCCUUCCACCAAGCCUACGUCCCUCCAAUCUUGCAAUGGAGCCGGACCUCAGCGCCCUUUGACACUCAGGAGGGGGCUGUUAUGGGGCACCCCAAGGCAGAAGAUGGCACCAACGUGAGCAUUCGGGACCUCUUCAAUACCAAGGCCGACAAGGGCCCAAGAGUGACGGUGCUUCUGGGGAAGGCGGGUAUGGGCAAGACCACACUGGUGCACCAGCUCUGCCAGAUGUGGGCUGAUGGUCAGCUGGACCGCUACCAGGCCUUGUUCCUUUUCGAAUUCCGCCAGCUCAACCUCAUCACAGACUUUUUGACGCUGCCCCAGCUCCUAUUUGACCUGUACCUGAGACCCGAGGCGGGCCCCGAGGCUGUCUUCCAGUACCUGCAGGAGAAUGCUAACGGAGUCCUGCUGAUCUUUGAUGGGCUGGACGAGGUCCUUGACUCCUGCUCCAGCAAGGAGACUGCCGAUCCUGAGGCCCCAGUUUCAGCCCUCACCCUCUUCUCCCGCCUCUGCCGUGGGACCCUCCUGCCUGGCUGCUGGGUAAUGGCCACCUCACGUCCAGGGAAGCUGCCUGCCUGCCUGCCCACAGAGGUGGUCACGGUCCACAUGUGGGGCUUUGACACACGACGGGUGGAGGAGUACGUGAGGCACUUCUUCAGUGACCAGCUGUCCCAGGAGGCGGCCUUAGCAGAGUUGCGGGCAAACAGACGUCUCUGGAGCACGUGUGCGGUGCCUGCACUGUGCCGAGUCACCUGCCUCUGCCUCUAUCGUCUGCUCCCAAGCAGCUCUCCAGGCCAGUCUGCAGCCCUCCUGCCCACCGUGACUCAGAACUACAUGCAGAUGGUGCUCACCCUUAGCCCUCAAGGGGUCCUGCAUGUGGAGUACCUGCUGGGCCUCGGGGAGGUGGCCCUGAGGGGCCUAGAGACCAGGAAGAUUAUCUUCUCUGCAGGAGACAUCCCUCCACCCAUGAUGGCUUUCGGGGCUGCCCUCGGCCUGCUGAACUCAUUCUGUGUGUGCACAGGCCCCGGGCACCAGGAGACGGGCUAUGCCUUCAACCACCUCAGCCUGCAGGAAUUUUUUGCUGCCCUGUACUUGAUGGCCAGCCCCAAGGUGGACAAAGAUUCAGUCACCCAGCAUGUCACUCUCAGUUCUCGCUGGGUGCUGCGGACCAGCGCUAAACAGGACCUCUUAGAUCACCUUCUCACCUUUCUGGCUGGUCUGGCGUCCUGUGCCUGCCGUCCCUUCCUUGGCCUCCUGGCGCAGCGGGACGAGGCGUGGGUGGGUACCAAGCAGGCAGCAGUUGUGCAGGCACUGAGGAAGUUGGCCACCCGCAGGCUCACAGGGCCAAAAGUUGUAGAGCUGUGUCACUGUGUGGGUGAGACGCAGGAGCCUGAGCUGGCCAGCCUCACAGCCCAAAGCCUCCCCCAUCAGCUGCCCUUCCACAACUUCCUGCUGACCUACGCCGACCUGGCUGCCCUGACCAACAUUCUAGGGCACAGGCAUGCUCCUAUCCACCUGGAGUUUGAGGGCUGCCCCCUGGAGCCCCGCUGCCCUGAAGCCCUGGCAUGCUGUGGGCAGAUAGAGAAUCUCAGCUUUAAGAGCAGGAAGUGUGGGGACGCCUUUGCUGAAGCCCUCUCCAGGAGCUUGCCAACAAUGGAGAACCUGAAGAAGCUGGGGUUAGCAGGAAGCAAGAUCACUGCCCGAGGGAUCAGCCACCUGGUGCAGACUUUGCCCCUCUGUCCACAGCUGGAAGAGGUCAGCUUUCAAGACAACCAGCUCAAGGACAGGGAGGUGCUGAGCAUCAUAGAGAUACUUCCUUACCUGCCUCGGCUCCGGAAGCUUGACCUGAGCCGCAACAAUAUCUCCGUGUCAGCCCUGCUCUCCUUGACAAAGGUGGCAGUCACAUGCCCUACCAUCAGGAUGCUACAGGUCAGGGAGGCGGACCUCAUCUUCUUUCUUGUCCCACCUGCAGAGGCGGCUGCGGAGCUACAAAGAGACCCAGACCUGCAGGAAAAUGCCAACCAGAGGAAAGAGGCUCAGAGGAGAAGCCUGGCACUCAGGCUCCAGAAGUAUCAGCUCAGGGUCCAUGACGUGGAGAUGCUCAUAGCCCAGCUCCGGGAAGGUCCAUACCUGGAUGAAGUGGAUCUCUCAGGGAACCAGCUGGAAGAUGAAGGCUGUCAACUGAUGGCGGAGGCUGCAUCCCAGCUGCACAUCACCAGGAAGCUGGACCUCAGCGACAACGGGCUUUCUGCAGCAGGGGUGCACCGUGUGCUCAGUGCAGUGAGCACGUGCCGGACCCUGGCAGAGCUACACAUCAGCCUGCUGCACAAAACUGUGGUCCUCACAUUUGCCCCAGAGCCGGAGAAGCAGGAGGCGAUCCGGGAGAGGGCUGCAUUUCCUGACAGUAUUAUGCUCCAGAUGCCCCCCGAGCCACCCCUGCGCUCCCCAAGGAUCAGGCUGACACACUGUGGUUUGCAAACCCAGCACCUAGAGCAGCUCUGCAAGGCCCUGAGAGGAAGCUGCCUCCUCGGUCACAUCGAUUUAUCAGGCAAUGCUCUGGGGGACGAAGGUGUGGCCCUGCUGGCUCAGCUGCUCCCAGGGCUGGGCGCUCUGCAGUCCUUGAACCUCAGUGAGAAUGGUUUGUCCCCGGAUGCUGUAUUCAGUUUGACCCUGUGCUUCUCUACUCUGCAGUGGGUUCUGCACAUGGACUUCAGCUUUGAGAGCCAACGUGUCAUCCUGAGAGGUGACAGAAGAGGCAGGGAUCUUUUGGCUGGUGGAUCUUUGCCAGAGUUCCAGGCUGGAGCCCAGUUCUUGGGAUUUGGUCAGCGCCACAUCUCCAGGAGCUUCUGCCUUAAGGAAUGUCAGCUGGAGCCCCUGAGCCUCUCCUGCCUCUGUGAGACUCUAGAGAAGUGCCCAGAGCCUCUGAAAGUCGAAUUGUCCUGCAAUGUCCUGAGUGACCAGAGCCUGGAGACCCUGCUGCACCACCUACCCCAACUUCCCCAGCUAAGCCUGCUGCAGCUAAGCCAGACAAGACUGUCCCCAGAGAGCCCCCUCCUGCUGGCCAACCUCUUCAGCCAGUGCCCACACGUUCAGAAGGUGGAUCUCAGGUCCCUGAAUCACACGACCCUGCACUUCAGAUCUAGGGAGGAGCAGGAAGGCGGGUGCUGUGGCAGGUUCACAGGCUGCAGCCUCAGCCAGGAGCACAUGGAGCGGCUGUGUUGCUUGCUGAGCAAGUGUGAAGACCUCCGCCAGCUGGACCUCUCAGGAAACCUGCUGGGUGAUGACGGGCUCAGGUGCCUCCUGGAAUGUCUCCCUCAGGUGCCCAUCUCUGGUUUGCUUGAUCUGAGUCACAAUAACAUCUCUCAGGAAGGUGCCCUGUGCCUGGUGGACGCUCUCCCCUCCUGUCAACGUGUCCGGGAGGCCUCAGUGAACCUGGGCUCCAAACAGAGCUUCUGGAUUCACUUGUCCCAACAGGAGGAGGCUAGGAAGACACUGAGGCUCAGCGAGUGCAGCUUUGGGCCAGAGCAUGUGCCCAGACUGGCCGCCGGCCUGAGCCAGGCCCUGCAGCUGACGGAGAUCACGCUGACCCAGUGCUGCCUGGGCCUGGAGCAGCUGACUGUCCUCCUGAGUCUGCUGAAGUGGCCGGCAGGGCUGCUCAAUCUCAGGGUGAAGGAGCCGUGGGUGGGCCGAGCUGGGGUCCCCACCCUGCUGGAAGUCUGUGCCCAGGCCGCAGGCAACAUCACUGAAAUAAGCAUCUCCGAGACCCAGCAGCAGCUCUGUAUCCAGCUGGAAUUUCCCCAACAGGAGAACCCAGAAGCUAUGGCCCUCAGGUUGGCUCAGUGCGACCUUGGGACCCACCACAGCCUUCUGGUCAGACAGUUGAUGAAGACAUGCGCCAAGCUGCAGCAGCUCAGCUUGUCCCAGGUGAACCUCUGUGACGCCAGCUCUCUGCUGCUGCAAAGCCUCCUGCUGGCCCUCUCCGAGCUGAAGAUCUUCCGGCUGACCUCUAGCUGUGUGAGCGCCAAGGGGCUGGCCCACCUGACAUCUGGUCUGAGCCACUGUCAGCACCUGGAGGAGCUAGACUUGUCUAACAAUCAAUUUGACGAGGACGGCACCAAGGUGCUGAUGGGGGCCCUUGAGGACAAGUGCUGGCUGAAGAGGCUUGACCUCGGCCACCUCCCACUGGGCGACUCCACCCUGGCUGUGCUCACUCAACGACUAAGCCACAUGGCCUUCCUGCAGAGCCUCCGGCUAAGCCAGAGCAGCAUCAGCGACGUCGGCUGCUGCCACCUUUUCAAGGCCCUCAGAGCUACCACCAGGUUGGAGGAGCUGGGCUUGAGCCACAACCAGAUUGGAGACGCCGGUGCCCAGCAGUUAGCUGCCCUCCUGCCGGGGCUGCCUGAGCUCAGGAAGAUAGACCUCUCAGCAAAUGGCAUCGGCCUGGCAGGGGGAGCGCGGUUGGUGGAGUCUCUCGCCCUUUGCAGGCACCUGGAGGAUCUGAUGCUUGGCUGCAAUGACCUGGGAGAUCCCACAGCCCUGGGGCUGGCCCAGGGGCUGCCCCGGCACCUGAGGGUCCUGCACCUGCGGUCCAGCCAUCUGGGCCCAGAGGGGGUGCUCAGCUUGGGCCAGGCCCUGGAUGGAUGCCCACAUGUGGAAGAGAUCAGCUUGGCAGAGAACAACUUGGCCCGAGGGGUCCCACAUUUCUGUCAAGGGCUCCCACUGCUCCGGAAGAUAGACCUGGUGUCGUGUGAGAUUGACAACCAGACUGCCAAGCCUCUCGCCACCAGCUUCAUGCUCUGCCCGGCCCUGGAAGAAAUCCUGCUGUCCUGGAAUCUGCUUGGGGACGAGGCAGCUGCUGAGCUGGCCCGGGUCCUGCCACGGAUGGACCGGCUGAAGAGAGUGGACCUGGAGAAGAAUCGGAUCACAACUCGUGGAGCCUGGCUCCUGGCUGAAGGGCUGGCGCAGGGGUCUGGCAUCCAAGUCAUUCGCCUCUGGAAUAACCCUAUCCCCGCCAACAUGGCCGAGCGUCUGCAGAGCCAGGAGCCCAGGCUGGACUUUGCUUUCUUCGACAACCAGCCACAGGUCCCUUGGAAUACCUGAUGGCCUUCUCAUGACCUUUUGAAUCCAACCAAGUGAUGACAACUUCCAGCCACAAGGAUAGAGCGCUCAGGAGAAGAGGCACAUUUGUCCUGCUAUAGUCUUCAUGGAGGACUUUUGGGGACAAAGAGCCUUGUAUGUCCAGUAGACCACCCUACAUCACACGUGACACGCAUGGCCAGUUGGGGACAUGUAGCACUAUAAGGAUGUCUUGGUGUGAUGCAUGACACAGGUCACAUGCAGCAGUUCCAUGUGACAUUGCACAAAACUUGCAGUGUUGCCUGUGGAUUAGGGCACAGGUCCUAGCACUAUAUGUAAUUGUUCCAUAUAUACAUGACAUAUGUCCCAUGGCCAGCCAGAUGCCUUCAGGCUGGUCUAAGAUCUAAUUUAUUACUUUUUUAAGUCAUGUAUAUAUUUAUAAAUUUCAUUUCCAGAGCAGCUAAGCAAGAGAAUGUCUUCCGCCCAGAACUGGGAUGGGGAGAUUGUACAAGCACUGACCAGCCCAGUGGCCCAAGGGUCAGGGCCCUGGGCCAAGUUGAGGAUUUAGCCACAAGGCUUCCAGCCUCAAGUCUCAGUUUUUCCAUCUGUGAACUGGAUGACACCCCCUCCCUUCAAUGCUAGCUUCCAAGGACUUUGGGCCCAGGUUCAAGUAAAGCCAGCCUGACCUUGAGAAAGAACAGCCCCAGUCUGUCCUGUGUAACAGAUGAAGCAGGUCUAAGGGUGCAGGGGUGGGGACUGCCAAGAUAGCCAGGCAAGGCCACUGGAUCCAGCCACUACCUCAGCAGAACCUGAGUGAGCUCCCAGGAGCUGCUUGUGUUACACAGUGUUCUCUUACUUCCAAGAGGGCCCAAGGAUGGCCCUGUACAAAUCCGACCAAUAAAUGAAGAUGAUCUUCCAGUCUC